AUGGGCUGUUGCGCUUGUAAAUUGUACACAGAUGAGAAAGGUAAAAUAGUAAACUUAAAAUAAGCUAUAAUGAAUCCAUAAAAUGAAGGUGACUAAGUUUAGGAAGGACUGGAAUUUGAGAAUUAAUAGCUUAAUGCUAAUUCUAAAAUAAUAAUUCAAGACAAAGAAACUAGCUUUAUAAAAUCAAAUUCCUUAUCAAAAGAGUAGGGAUAUUCAAAGGAUCUCGAACAAUAGUAAGUUUAAACUAAACACAAGGAAGGAGAUACAGUAGAAUUUAUAAAGAAAACUAUUAGCGGAACUAUGAAAUUGACUCCUGAGAUGUUGGUGAGAAAGCAAUGCAUAACAGAAAAGUUUUUAGCUCAUUACGAAAUAGUGAAGAAAUUAGGGUAAGGAGGAUUUGGAGAGGUUUAUUUGGUGAAGCAUUUGUCUACAGAACAUUUGAGGGCUGCAAAAGUAGUUCUGAGGAAAACGGUAAAUUGUGAAGAGAAAUUGUUAGAAGAGACAGAAAUCUUGAGGACUUUGGAUCAUCCAAAUAUAGUUAAGGUUUUGGAGAUAUUUGCAGAUUUUAAAUAUUAUUAUAUAGUAACUGAAUAUUGUUAGGGAGGGGAGUUGUUGGAGAGAAUAAAGACAAUAACAAAUUACAACGAGAAUUUGGCAGCCAAAUAUAUGAAAUAAGUGUUUUCAGCCAUUUAGUAUUGUCAUUAGAAAAAUAUUGUGCAUCGAGAUUUAAAAGUACCUAAUUAAAACUAUUUAGCCUGAAAAUAUAUUGUUUGAUUCAAGAGAUCCAGACGCCAAUUUAAAGGUGAUAGAUUUCGGAGCAAGUGAGAAGAUGAUUGACUCUUCCUUUCUGACUAAAAAGAUUGGGACUCCCUAUUAUGUAGCACCUGAAGUGUUGUCAGAUUAAGGGUACGAUGAGAAAGUAGACGUCUGGUCUUGUGGAGUCAUCUUGUAUAUUUUGUUGAUUGGAAGACCUCCAUUUAAGGGAAGCAGUGACAUAGAGACUUUGAGAUUGGCAAGAUAGGGAAAAUUGAAUACGAAUAGUGAGAGAUGGUUGAGAACUAAUGAAAAUGCUAAGGAUUUGAUUAUGAAAAUGAUUGUAGUUGAUCCAAAGAAUAGGAUAAGUAUGCAGGAGGCUUUUAAUCAUCCUUGGAUUUAGAAUAUUUAAUAGAAUGAGAUUGAAGAUAUAAAUUUAAUAAAGAAUUUAAGUCAAUUUUCAGCUUAGAAUAAGUUGAGGGCUGCAAUCCUUUAGUUUAUUUCUGUUCAAUUAGUAAAUAAGGAGGAGAGUUAAAAGCUAUUUUAAACAUUUAAGACAUUAGAUUUGAAUGGGGAUGGAGUUUUAACAAAGGAUGAAUUGAUGAAGGGGAUGUUAAGUGCGGAUAUUGAUCAUCUAAAAGCUGAGAUUAUGGCAAAUGGAUUAAUAUAAGAAUUGGAUGUUAAUGAAUCUGGAAAAGUCGAUUUUACAGAAUUCAUUUCUGCUGCAUUAGUUUAACAAUAAAAGAUUACAAUUAAUAAUAUCAAAUUAGCAUUCAGAAUGUUUGAUUUAGAUGGAAAUGGAGUGAUCAGUAAAUCUGAAUUGGAGAGUAUUUUUGGGGGGAUUGAAAUAGACAAUUAGGCUUGGGAGGAUAUUUUGUAAAAAUGUGAUUUCAACAAAGAUGGAGUACUAGAAGAAGAGGAGUUUAUUAAUCUGUUGGAGAAUAUUUAAUUAUGA